GAAAACAGCUGAAAUGCACCUCUGUUUGACAGAACUGUCAUCGUCUCCCUCUUUCGCCAUUUGAUAGAUUUCCGUGAACUAUGGCUGACACACAAGCUAAGCCCGCUGCGUCUAAGGCCGCAAAGGCACCCAAAGCCGCUAAAGCGCCAAAGGCCGCUAAGGCCCCAAAGGCAGAGAAGGCUGUCGCCACUGAGACGAAAGUGUCGACCAAGAAAUACAAACGUCAUGGCCGUCUGUUCGCAAAGGCUGUCUUCACCGGCUACAAGCGCGGUUUGAGGAACCAGCACGAGAACCAUGCUAUCCUUAAGAUUGAGGGUGCUCGUCGCAAGGAACAUGGCCAAUUCUAUGUUGGCAAGCGCUGCGUGUAUGUCUACAAAGCGCAGACCAAGAAGUGUGUACCUCAGCAUCCUGAGCGCAAGACUCGAGUCCGCGCUGUUUGGGGCAAGGUUACACGCAUCCACGGCAACACUGGGUCUGUGCGUGCACGCUUCAACAGGAAUUUGCCCGGUCAUGCCAUGGGACACCGCAUUCGCAUUAUGCUGUACCCAUCAAGGAUCUAAGUUAAUUAAUAACUUUAAAUGACCUGCAAAAUCCGUUUUCUAUAAUAAAUGAAACAAUUUAAAUUUAA